AUUGAAAUUAAAACUCAAUUGUAAAAUCACUAUUUUUUGCAACUGAACAGAGCAAAUCAGCUUAUGAUAAAUUACAUCACACAUAAGUUACAUAUAACAGUUAUUGUAGAAUAUCACGUAUAUGUUAUAAAUCUGUGUGCAUCUGGGAAGUCUACAGGCAUUGUUAUACAUACAGGAUGCAACACGCUUAAUACAACGGGGAGAUGUACAAGCUAUGUGUACAUAAGGAAGGGCAGGCGGUGGUAUACACAUAGGAUACCCAUUGUUUACAACCUUGUGUACAUCAGGGAGGCGUGAAGGCUGUGGUGUACACGGACGUCAUGCAAACCCUCCUCAUGUUCCUGGGUGUGUUGGUGGUGGUGAUCAUCUGUUGUGUCGACCUCGGGGGUCUUGGUAACGUGUGGAGGAUCGCUAACGAGGGCAACAGGAUUGAGUUCUUCAACCUGGACAGCAGCCCCUUCGUCCGUCACACCUUCUGGUCGACCUUUGUCCUUGGCUUCUACAUGAUGGUUGGUGAUAUUGGUCUCAACCAGGCCGUCUACCAAAGGUUCGCCUCCGUCUCCUCUCUACGUAUAGCUAAAAGGCUGAGCAUCUUCUUCCUGGUUGGGAUAUACUGCCUGUGGACGGUGUUCUUUCUCUCCGGCUUGGUUGCCUUCGCCACCUACAGCACGUGUGACCCCCUCACCUCCGGGAAGAUCACCAAACCAGACCAGAUCCUCCCCUUCUUGGUGACCGACAAACUGAGUCACCUUACAGGACUCGCUGGGGUGUUUGUGUCGGCGGUGUACGGUGGUGUACUGAGCUCUCUGUCCUCCACUGGUAACUCUCUCGCCUGCAUCAUUUGGGAGGAUUUCCUCAAGCACAGGCCAUACUUCAGUGGCCUCAGCAGUAAGAGUGCUACCAACGUCGUCAAGAUCAUCUGUAAGUGUUUUUACCUGUGUUGACCUGUGCAUGGCUAA